AUGGUUUGCGUUUUCUGUCUUCUUCCUCUCUUCCUACUGCCUCUAGUCAACAUCCUCCCUCUUUUGUGGGACAAACUACUUGUGCGGUUCUUCCGUUUGAUUGGCCGAGAGUACAAUCCGCCGCUUCGGGACGGUCCUUCCUGUCCGUACAAGCCAGGAGCGAGAAAACCGCUACCAGAAGCCGAGCCCAUUUUGGCAAACGGUGAAGGAAGUGCAGUGAAUGGGAACGCUGAGUCAAAGAAAGACUCUUGA